AUGGGAUACCUGCUUCAGGCGGUGCAACUUUCGACAGUAGCUCUCUGCGUGUUGUCUGCGGUGAUGGUCAGGCACGAUGAAUUCACAGAAGCCACGGCUUACCUGCAGCGAUACGGUUACCUGCAAACCCCUCUGGACCCCCAGAUUGAGAGAUACCAAAUGGAGGAGAUCACAGAGGCCCUCAGGAGCUUCCAACGGGUGACCGACCUGCCGGUGACGGGGGAGAUCGACGAGGCCACACUGGCGGUGAUGCGGCAGCCCCGCUGCGGCGUUCAGGACCCCUUCAACCAGAAAUUCAAGUACAGAGUGCUGAGCUACUGGCGCAAGAAGAGCCUCACCUACCGCAUCUACAACUUCACCCCUGACCUGCGACAGGACAAAACGCGGGAGGCCAUCCGCCUGGCAUUCAAGUACUGGAGCGAAGUGACCCCCCUCACCUUCCGAGAGGUUCUCUAUGGACGGGCAGACAUUAGGAUCGCCUUCCACAGGAAGGACUUCACCUGCGCUGACCCUUUCGAUGGGCCAGGUCACGUGCUGGCCCACGCGGAGCCCCCGGAGUCCGGCCUGGUGCACUUCGACGAGGACGAGACCUGGACGGAGGGGAGCUACUCCGGGACCAACCUGCGCAUCGUGGCCGCGCACGAGAUCGGCCACGCCCUGGGCCUGGGCCACUCCCAGUACAGCCGCGCCCUGAUGGCGCCCAUCUACAUCGGCUACCGCCCCUAUUUUCGCCUGCACGCCGACGACGUCAAGGGCAUCCAGGCCAUGUACGGUGAGAAGCGAGCGCCGUGCUACGCUCAGCAAGCCUUACCCACAGACGAGCCACAAUCCACAACACGCCCUGACGUACAGGAAAAGCCAGAUCCCUGCACAGUUGAUCUGGACACCAUCAUGCUAGGCCCCUUCAGGAAGACAUUUGCCUUCAGCGGAGAGUAUGUGUGGACAGUGUCCAAUAUGGGACACAACCCCCCCAUCAAGACCAGCCUCUUGUGGAAAGGUCUUCCGGGGAACCUGGAUGCUGCCGUCCAUUCCCAGAGGACCAACAAGACCUACUUCUUCAAGGGAGACAAGGUGUGGCGCUACACUGAUUUCCGGCUUGACUACGGCUACCCCAAGCCUCUGACACGCAUCCCCCCGAAUAUUGACGCAGCCUUAUACCUGCCGGCCAACAGGAAGCUUUUCUUUUUCAAGGGUACAAGGUACUGGCAGUGGGACGAGCUGAAGUACACGGUCCUCAGCGCGUACCCCAAACCCAUUUCAGACCUCUUCACUGGGGUGCCCUCCAACCUGGACGCCGCCUUCACCUGGACCAACGGCAUGACGUACUUCUUCAAAGGCGACAAGUACUGGCGCGUCAACAAGCACCUGAACGCAGAGCGCGGAUACCCGCUCAGCAAGAGAGAACGCUGGAUGGUGUGUGGCAAGUAG